GAGAUCAUUUUGAAGCUUGUCUCCUUCCUCGUGUUGAGUGAUUUAUCCGAUAUAUUUUUUUGGAUUAUUUCCCUAACUUUUUAUCGUCCUAUUCUGCGAAUCUAAGCCAUUGCAAACAUCACCAGGGCCGGUCAUGGCCGAUACUCCUGUAUACAAUGCCUCCGAGCCAAGUGGCGGAGACCCCUUAAAGGUCAACGUGAAUGCCCAAUUCAAGGGCUUCGAGUGGAACUAUACCUAUAUUGUCUUUUGCGGAUUCAUCGUCUGGCUGAUCAUUCCCGGCAUUGGUUUGCUCUACAGCGGUCUGGCUCGAAGAAAAUCCGCAUUGACGUUGCUUUUCCAAUCUCUCAUGAUAGUAGCCGUAACAACCUUCCAAUGGAUAUUCUGGGGCUAUUCGCUGGCAUAUUCCCGCGAUGCUAGUCCCUUCAUCGGCACACUCAAGAAUUUCGGCUUGAAGGGAGUCAUGGCAGCCCCAUCGCCAGGGUCCGCAGUGUUGCCGGAGAUUGUGUUCUGCUUCUACCAACUUCUGUUCUGCGCAUGCACUGUAAUGAUCGUUGUGGGUGGAGCAUUCGAACGAGGAAACAUGCUUCCAUCGCUGGUUUUCAGCUUCUGCUGGGCGACCGUGGUCUACUGCCCCGUGGCCUGCUGGACUUGGAAUAGUAACGGAUGGCUGUACAACUUGCCUUCUCUCGACUUUGCUGGCGGAGGGCCAGUUCAUAUCGCAUCGGGCUGGUCUGCGCUUGCCUACGCCCUGGUUCUGGGAAAGCGAAAGCAUGUCGAUGAAACCUCGCAUGGCAAGCCUCAUAACACUACGCUGGUUUUCCUUGGGACGACGUUGAUUUGGUUUGGAUGGUUCGGGUUUAACGGAGGUUCGGCCCUUAAUGCGAGUGUCAGAGCUAUGCUAGCAGCAUUCAACACCAAUACGGCGGCGUGCACGGGCGUUUUGGGCUGGGUGUUGGUGGACUCGAUCAAGAACCGUGGAAAAUUCUCCGUUGUGGGCGCCUGCGAGGGCGCGAUUGCUGGAUUGGUUGGGAUUACCCCAGCCGCCGGCUUUGUCUCCGUGUGGCUUGCAGCGUGCAUUGGCUUCCUUACGAGUAUCGUCUGCGCGUCACUUCAAAACGUCAACAAUUGGUUACACAUCGAUGAGGGGAUGGAUGUGUUCAAAUUGCACGGCAUUGGAGGCAUGGUCGGGGCUUUUUUGACGGGUAUCUUUGCAUCGCAGUCGGUCGCGGCCUUGGAUGGCGCGACCGAAGCCACCGGUGGCAUCGACGGGAACGGGAUGCAGGUUGGGAAACAAUUGGCGGAGGUGUGUGCGAUAUCCGCAUAUUCAUUCACCGUAUCCUGCAUCUUACUCUACAUUUUGAAAUGGAUCCCCGGGAUGCAUUUGCGGGUUCACGAGGAGGCGGAAAUGAUUGGCUUGGACCGGGUGCAGUUUGUUGACGAACAGAUUGGGGAGCGUGCCCUUCUCGACGAGCUGUUCAUGUCUUCGUCAUCGACGCCCGCCCAUGCGAGUGUGGUGCAUGAGUCCGUGGGCAUUUCAGCGGAGCCCAAGGAUCUGAAGAUGUAAAUAGGAAGUCAAAACAGAACAAUUGACAAUCAAGCACACAAUGUGAUGGACGCAACGUUGAGGACCGUGAACAGUGUCACCUUUCCCAGAAUGGUAGCAAUAAGGACCCCCGACACUCGCGUUUCCAAGGUUGCGCCAGCAUCGAACGGAUUUGAGAGGCUGAAAAGGUGGGGGUUUGCGUGGCCAACCGAAGAUCGCCGGGCACCGAGACCCUGAAAUGCCAACCCACUGUACAAUAAUAGACUCUCCGGACGGAGAGUAUAAUCAUCAUGAAGAUGAAACAUAAGCAGUAAUGGACAGCCAGGCCAUCUUUUCGGAUCCCCUGAUUUGCUCAGACUCGCGCACCGAUGCUAUCUGCAAACUUAACCGCGCGUUCUUGCUGUCUUUUCUUGAUCUUCUGGAUUUCAAUCCCCGGGUAGGACGAGUUGAUCAGGUUGGCAGCCCCGCGGUAGACAGAGAGGAUGUGGACGAUGCCAAGCCGUCUGUCUCGCGGGCACGACGUAUCAGGAUGCAGAAUGUUGCAGGGUGGACGGCCCCAUCACCCCGGGAAAGAUAUGAGCUGACGUACACUGACGCACGAUGGUGACCCCCAAGCCCCUGCUAGGUUGGCUUAGCGCGGGUUGCGGCGUCCCUUGGGAAGGGCGGGUUCAACACGAGCAGGGAAGGAAACAAUCGCCCAUCGAUGUAACGAAAGGUAACACCGCGGGGACUGCAUUCCGGGGUGACGAAUCCAUGGAAAUGACUUCCGCGAGUUUCCCUUGCCAAUUCAGAAGAAAACAAGAGGAAGACGACCCAGUGAGAGAAUUGACGUUGCAAGGUGAAAGGAAACAAUAAUAAAUAGAGACCCAGCAGCAUCGGAACGCCUGGCAGGUAUUGGAGUGGGGCAGUUCUCUUGACG